CUUCCAGCUUUGAUCUGCUUGAAGAAUGGGGAAGGACUCCAUUGCUGACAGUAACGAUGAUGGGCAGCUUGAAGAAUUCCAUCCGGGAUGCAUGUGGGGAAUAAUUCAUGCCUUUGAUUACCAUCAUUGGAACCGUCAUGUUAAAAAGAUGAUGCCCCACAGCCCCAAGAAACACAAUAGGAACAAACAUGUAAAAGGAAAUAGGAGAUCGGGGAUAACAUUGAAUAUAGAUGAUUCUAAUGAGGUUCACAGUCUUUUGGAUGAUGAAGAAGUUGCUGGUAACUUCCUUGUUGAUGGAGAUACAAAGGAAACCAGAUCGUCAAGCAAGCGAUCCAUUAUGGCACGAAUUAAGUCAUUAGUUUAUGAGAUGUCGAAGGAAGAAAAGUCAUCACUUAAACAACAAAAGAAACUUACAAGAACCUAUUCCAUCCAUCAUUUAGAAACUCUCAAUCAUGGACCUACUAAAGGAAAGAUCGCUGGCUGGAGGCGAAAAGUUAUUUUCCUUCACAGUAAACCGGACAGCUUUCAUCCAUCCCAAAUAAAGAAGACUACUUCACAAAACCAAAGUCUAGUCAACGAAGAAGAAUACUUGGAUCCGGAUCAACAAGGAAAGAAGGAUAUUCUUGAGAUAUUUAGAGUCAACAAGGACUUGUUCCAAAAGUUUCUGUAUAAUACUGAAGAUGAUGAUGGUACAACAAUUCACACGAAAAUCCCUCGAAUUUCUGACAGACCGGCAAGACUGAGUAAAUCGGGCUCAUUUCCUCAAGCUGGUAUGUCACAUGGUACAAAUGUUAGAUCCAGCAAACUAAACCACAAAAUAGACGAGGUGUGGUCUUUCAAGAAGAAGAGAGAAAAACUCCUUAGCUCGAAAUCUGGUCCGUUACGCUUUCAGUAUGAUGGCGAAAGCAAUACAAAUGAUCAGGAAGAAUCAAAAUUUAUUGAAGAGGAACAUGUGGUUGAGGAGGAUAAGUAUGAUGGAUCUGAUUAUGGUUUUAGAAGAACCCACUUAAGAACAUCCUCUCUUCAAGAAUCAUUGGAUAGGUAUAUUCAUUUGUUAGAGCAUUCUUCAGUUUCAGGUAGAGAUACCAGCUGCUAUCGCUCCAAGAGCUUGAAGUUGAGGAGUGAAUAUGAGAUUUCUUCCGAAUUAGCACAGCCUCGGAUAUCUUUCAAGAGGGUCCACUCGCUUUCACAUGUUGAAUUUUGCAAGGAAGAGACAUUUUUCGGCGAAAUGGAGAUCUGUUUGCUUGAAGAGGAGAAAGAAAUGUCUUCUGCUGAAGAAGCUGAUCAGAACAGUCAGACAGAAAACAGAAAUCAGAACGAGCUACAGAUCACAGACGGUUCUGACAUCAAUUACGUUAAGAAGAUUCUAGAACUUUCAGGCUUCACGGCUAAUGACUUAUUCGGGGCAUGGAAUUCAUCUGAAUCUCCUCUUGACCCAUCAUUAUACGAAGAUAUGGAGACAUACUGGCCAUGUGAUGACAAUGACACCGCGUCCUCAUUUUCACAUCACCAGAUUCUAUUUGAUUUAACAAACGAAGCGAUAAUUCAAAUAUACGACAGAUCAUACACUUACUACCCGAAGGCAUUGUCCUCUGUUUGUUGGGUUCGACCACUUCCAUUUGGAAACCAUUUCCUAGAUGAGGUAUUGGCAUGUAUUGACAGAUCCUUCAAUAAAAGCGCAGAGCCUGACCAGCCGGUGGAUUGCAUCGUGGGUCGAGAUCUUGCUGAAGAUUAUGGUUGGAUGAAUCUACAGUUUGAAAGUGAGUGCGUUGCACUCGAGUUUGAGGAGCUGCUUAUAGAUGAACUUGUUGAUGAACUAAUGUAUAGUUGAGAUUCCCUUUUAUACUUUUAGGAGUCAGAUGGGAUUUCAGUCAAUCUGUCUUUUCUUUUAUACUUUUUCAGUAUUCUUUUAGGGUUGUGUUGUAGGCCUGUAGAUGCAUGAAUACAUAAACAUGGUCAUACCCGGCCAUACACGAACGAUCAUUAAUUGUUUGCAUGUAUAUGUAUAUAUAUAUAUCGAUAGAUUGUGA